AUGGUCGCGCCUACAGCUGCCCGCAUGAUGCAGGCAACCCGCGCCCGCAUGUUCAGCCAGUCGCCAGCUCAGAGAUGGGGAUUCGUCCAACGCGAGAACCGAGUCCCCUACUACCAACGCCUCUUCCAAAACCAUGAUGGAAAGCGACAAUGGUGGAAGACUCACCGGAGCCCCUACAUCCUCUACCCAUACUACACUUUGUUGAUCGGUGGUUUCUCAUACUCGCUGUACGGCAUGGUCCGAUUGACCCUUGGUCACAAGACAGUCUGGUAG